UGUGCUGACGUGUCGGCUCCUGCUGCCCAGUGCUCAUGCUCCAGCAGCAGCAGCGGAGUCAAUCCAGUCAACAGAAACUGCCAGCAUGGCAGCAAAACACGUUUACCGACAGGGCUUUUUAUUACUUUUAUUUAACUUUAUGUCAGCCGCAGCCCUGGAGAGAAGGUUCUCCGACAUUAAGAGAUGCGCCGAUAAGGAGUGCAGCAUGCUGCUGUGUCGGGGGAAAGCUGUGAAUGAUUUCUCAGGACCUGAUUGUCGGUUCUUGUCUUUCAAGAAAUCUGAAACCAUCUAUGUAUAUUACAAGCUGUCAGGAAGAAGACCUGACAUAUGGGCCGGAAGUGUUGGAAGCCACUUUGGCUAUUUCCCAAAAGACCUUCUGGCAGUUAACCACAUUUAUACUGAUAACGAAUAUGAAGUUCCAGCUGAGGAAACAGAUUUUGUCUGUUUUGACACUGGAUUUGACAAGUUUGAUAAUUAUGAUGUAGAUUUGCUCCUUGGCUUGUCAGCAGGGGAGAAUGAUAGCGAAAACAACAAAACAUCUUACCAAGUCCAAGCAGCAGAAGCAAUAGAAACAGGAGAAGUAGCUCAGAGUGAAAAACAAACUGAGCAUCAUGAUAACUUGGAGGAGCUUCAUAAAGCCCCUGAUGAUCAAAGUGCCUCUUCAGCCGUUCUUGAUCAGUCAGCUGAAACACCUUUACAAAACACAAUGGAGUCCAAUGCAGAAGUUGCACGUGAUGCUACAGAAGCUGAAGAGGUUAAGGAAAAACAUGUACCAGAGUCUGUCCCUGAAAACUUGUCAGAAAAGAGUGAAACCAAAGAUACACCCGCAAAAUCGGAAGUGGAGUCUGUGCCCAAAGAUGAUUUUGUUUCAGAAAGCGAACCAGUCUCAUCUUCUGAAGGAGUUCAAAUCCCUGAGUUGAAAACUACCAUUGGUUCAACUUUUGAUGCCAUCGUCACCGAUGAAGAAAUCACCGAGAAAAUUACCCCUUAUGAAGAAGAGGAGGAGAGUGUAGACGUGGAAAACCAUCCAGAAAGUGGCACUAAUGUUAAAGAAGAAACUCCACUGUUCUCUUUUUCAGAAGACUCCAUCAAUACUCAACCAUCUGUGGAAAUCCCCAAGUUAAAAACGACCCUUGGGACAACUUUCGAUGCUGUGAUCACAGAUGAAGACACCACCAAGAAAGUUACCCCGUAUACAGAGGAGGACAGUGAAGAUGUGGAAGACCAUCCCGAAAAUAAUAGUGAUACUAAAGAGGAAACUCCACUGCUGUGUUUUUCAGAAGAAUCCGUCAACACUCCAGCAUCUGACUCUAUUAAAAAGCCUGAAACUCCACUGGCGACACCUGAGGAUAAACCAAAGACAGCAGAGGAGAAGAACGUGUGGACAUCACUCGGAGAUGCUGUGUUUUCAGCUGUCACUGGAGUAGACAUAACCACACAAGAAGUGAAUUCAGAACAAGAGGAAGAUGAUGAUGAGCGAGUGCCAAUCCCUAAGUUAAAAACUACCCUUGGGACAACUUUUGAUGCUGUUGUAACAGAUGAAGAAAGCACCAAGAAAGUUACACCAAAUCCAGAAGACGACAGUGAGGAUGUGAAAGAUCAGCCCAAAAAUGAUAGUGAUACUAAAGAGGAAACGCCACUGCUGUCUUUUUCAAGAGAAUCCUCUAACACUCCAACACCGGAGUCUCCUAGAAAUCCUGAAAGUCUGCCAUUGACACCUGAGGAUAGACCAAAGACAGCAGAGGAGAAGAAUAUGUGGACAUCACUCGGAGACGCUGUGUUUUCAGCUGUCACUGGAGUAGACAUGUCAGCAAAAAAAGUGAAUGAAGAGGAAGAUGAGGACGAGGAAGACGAGGAGGAAGAGGAUGUAAAAACCCAUGAUGAAUCACUCUUGGUAAAAUCCCCAGAGAACAUGGAGCCAGUUCUUCAAGAUUCUUUGAAUUCUACAUCUGAUAAUUCUGAUGUGAAUGAAGGCACCAGUGACUCAGAGAAAGUUUUGUCUGAUAAGAAUGAAAAUGAUGUAGAAGUUACUGGACAUAAGGAAGCUCAGGAUGAAACCAAAAAAUCAGCAGAGGAUCAAAUAGAGCAUCUAACAGAGGGGAUGAGAAUAUCCACGGAGCCACUGCCACAAGAUAAUAAUUUAGACAACCAUGAGGCUGAAGUAACACAUAUAAAAACCACACAUGAAGCCACUGAAGACAAAGACGAGCAGGAGGUUCCCAAGGAUUCAGAGAUUACUGAAGACAAAGACGAGCAGGAAGUUCCCAAGGAUUCAGAGAUUACUGAAGACAAAGACGAGCAGGAGGUGCCUAACGAUUCAGAGAUUACUGAAGACAAAGACGAGCAGGAGGAGCCCAAGGAUUCAGAGAUUACUGAAGACAAAGACGAGCAGGAGGUGCCUAACGAUUCAGAGAUUACUGAAGACAAAGACGAGCAGGAGGAGCCCAAGGAUUCAGAGAUUACUGAAGACAAAGACGAGCAGGAGGAGCCCAAGGAUUCAGAGGCCACUGAAGACAAAGACGAGCAGGAGGUGCCCAAGGAUUCAGAGGCCACUGAAGACAAAGACGAGCAGGAGGUGCCCAAGGAUUCAGAGGCCACUGAAGACAAAGACGAGCAGGAGGUGCCCAAGGAUUCAGAGGCCACUAAAGACAAAGAUGAGCAGGAGGUGCACAAAGAUCCAGAUGUCACUGAGGAUAAGGCAGCAAUACCAGACAGUAUUACUGCUGCAGAGCAGAAAUUAGACAGUGCAGUGGAUGAAAAAGAAAACAUGACCGAAAGUGAAAAACACCUCGACUUGUCCGCUAAUGAGAGGUCCAGUGACUCAGACCUCAGAGAUGAUGAUAACAUAGUAAAUGACAGCCUGCCUAAUCAGAUACCUGAUGAUUCAAUGACAGAUUUAGGAAGUAAUAACAGUCGAGCAGAAUCACCUGUUGAUGAGCCAGAGAUUCAGGAUGCACUACAUACAAGGGAGAUGAUGGAAGAAGAUGAGACUCCAGAUGCGGAGGAGGGGAACGAUGAAGAGAGAGAAGAAUUACUUGAAGAUGAAAACGCGCUUUUGUUCUCGCAGUCAGACAAAACCUUGCCUGAAACAAGUCCGCCUACCGUGUCACCUCCAGAGCCAGAAUACAGCGAAAGCGUAAUGAGAUUGACUCUGCUGUGGGAUCACUUCACAGAGGAGAAGAUGGAGCAGGUCCAAAAGCUUCUGGGUCUAAAAAAUCUCUUCAAACUGGAGGCCAUGUUCAUGGAUCUGGACAUAGAGUUUCAGGCUACCCGUCAGUCACAGACGGGUACUACAGAGGACAUUGAAAAUGCGCUCGAAGGCAUCUUGGAAGCCUCUGAGAACACUAUCUUGGACGAGAUUGAGAAGAUGCUUGAUAGCCGGGACACUAAACACGACUAUGAUCACCAUAUGGACCCAAGUAAUUUGGAUGAAGAAACAGAAAUACUGGACGACUUUCAGGAGCUGGCUUUCAGCCUGCGGCAAAAAUAUUCAACAGCCAGUGACAGCACGCCUUUAGCACUAGAACUGUCAUCAGACACUGAGAAAGAUGAACAGGAAUUGAAUGUUAAAGAAGAUGUGCUACACAUUGCUGAGGAAGAAUUGGACAAAAUACCAAAGGCCGAGAGCGAUGACAACCUGACAAUAACGGAUCCUGAAGAAAAGCCAGCUGAGGUUGAAGAGGAACAGCUGGUUAGACCGGACGUUAGUGUGGAGGAAGAUGGUGGACACUUUAAUAAAAACAAAGACAAUCCGCUGAGCUUCAGCACAUCUGAUGAGAUGCAAAAGGUGCCUCAAGCCACCCUGGAAAAUGCCUUCGACAUGGGCCUUGGUGUUGAGGUUGAACACUCACCCUCAGGGUCUAUGGACUCCAUGGAACCAGUGUCCGAAGUGCACGAAGAAGAAGUGGGGUUAUUCUCAACAGGGCUUGUUUACACGGGCUGCAUCCUUGCAAUGAUCACGAAUAAAACUGCAGAGUGGAGCACUGUGAUGAUUUCAUUGCUGCCAGAAGAGUGGAAGCCAGGAGAAACUUUGUUUGGCUGUCCUUGGCAAGCUGUUGUCAUCACUGCUUUGGUUGGAGUAUUGACCUUCACCCUCUUCUUCUGGAGGACUGUGCUGGCAAUAAAGAAGAAAGAGUACCUCGUGGAUGAAAAAAGACUCAGAGAGCAAAUCCAGGUGCACAAAAAGGAAAAGGAUGAAGCUCUCGCCAAAAUGGCUGAACUCCAGAAACAGACUGAACAACUGAAAGAAAAUCAAAAACAGUCAAAGGAAACUGUUAGUUGUACAGUGAAAAAGAUGCAAGAGCUAGAGAGUAAAGUCUUACAGGCUGAAACAUUGAAUAAACAGAUGGCCGAGGAAAAGGACAAAUACGCACAGCUACUGGAGGAAGAGCGGGCAAACACUCUCCAAAAUGAAACCAGAAUUGAGAAAUUAGAGAAGUUAAACGAGAAGCUACAAGCUAACAGGAAAAAGAUUCAGGAAGCGCUCUCUAAGACUACUGUUCUCCUGGAUGAAGCCAAGAUUCGGGAAGAUGCCCGAAACGUUCAACAAAAAUGUCUUGAAAAAGAGUUUGCUGCGUUAAAGGACGAGAACAAAACACUGAAGGUCACCAUUAAAAGCUGGGAGGAAAAACACACAGAGCUUAAUGAGAAGAUUAAAGUCUAUCAGAAGUCCCAGAAAGAACUGGAGGACUCUGUGGUGCUCAAAGAUCACAAUGUGGAGGUGCUGUCUGAACUUCUGUCUGACCUGGAAGCUUGUGAUUUACAAAAAGGUGACACCAAAGUUUUGGCCAAUGGUGAAGUAGCACCUGUGUCUCUUACAGACAAGAAGACGGCCGUAAAGAACAGAAUCAAACAGAUGAUGGAUGUUUCUAGGGUUCAGACCACUCUUGCUGUAGUUGAAGAAGAGCGGGAUCGCUUCAUGACAAAACUACUGAAUGAAGAGAAGUCCAGGAAGGCAAUGGAAGAGCAACACCAGGAGCUUGAACAUGCAAUCUCAACCCUGAAAAGUGAGAAGAGCCACAUUGAAAACCAGUUCAAGAUCCUCCAGCAGAAAAAUGAAAUCAUGGUCGAAAUGUAUCAGCAGAAGGAAAAUGCCCUGCAGCAGAAAUUAACGAAGGAGGAGCUGGAGCGGCGCAGCAAAGAGAAUCUGCUGUCGGAGGUUGGAGGGAAAGCUGUUGAAGCUGAGGAGCAGGUUAAAAUUUUAAGGCAGCGCAUUAAUGAGAUGGAGGACCAGAUGAAGAAGACUGAGGAAGUCUACAAAGAGCAGAUCAAAGAGCAGGAGAACAAAACUCACUCAAACUGGGUGAACGCUCGUAAUGCAGAGCGAGCUCUAAACCAAGAGAAGCUCGAAUCAUCGAAGCUUCGUGAAAAAUUGGCUGUACUCACCUCUCAGCUCAAUGAGCGCCGCGCUCCUCUCUUCAGACCAAACUCUGGUCAGCCUGCAGGCCCUCGCCAAGGUGACUCAUACGGGCCCUCUCCUGUGAGUGGGGGUGCACCAUCCCCACCUAUAAUGAUUGAGGGUCCCAGGCGUCCUCCUUCUGCCCCAGUUGCACGGAGAAUUGACCCGUUUGGUCCUCGCCCUCCAUCAGAUCCCCAUGGUCGUUACCCUGAAAAACACAUCUCUGGGAUGGACAUGAUGGGCCCACGUAGCUCAUCUCCAGCCAACUUGGAUGCAUCUACGCAAGCAGUAGAUCCACAGAUAAAAACAGAGACUAAGGCUGAGGUCACCACAGAGAAUCCAGAGGCAGGUCCAGGAUCCUUCAUAGCAUCACCAAUCAGGGACUCACCUGGACCCAUGGUCCACGGACCUCCACCUGGUCCUGCACCCUAUGAUCCAAUGCUCCCUCCUGGCCGUCUGCCACCACCCAUAGCUUACAGACCACCGCGACCUGGCCCAUAUCACCUCCCACCUGGCCCUCCUCUUCUUCAAGGUCCUCCCCUACCAGCUAAUGGACACCCAGGUAUGCCCCUGCCUGGACCAAUGGGAGGAGAGUUUGGACCCCCCAAUGGACUUGCAAUUCCCCCCAGGCAAGGCCCUGGCCCAGGCAUUGAUCCCCGGGGUCCGCUCCCACCGCAAUUCCGUCCCCCUCCACCUCAUCACUUUGGACCGAUGCCUCCUCCACAGGGUGUCCGUGGGCCCAUGGGACCUCGUCCACCCUUCCCUCCUGACAUGCGCUUCCCAUUACCACGUGACCACCCUGGCCAACCUGUGGACCUGCCUCUAGGUGCCCCGCCUCAUCCAGCACAUCCUGGUGAUGCUUAUGGCCCGCCUGCACCCGAUGCCCUCCAGAACUCUGUAGCCGCUCACAGCGUCCCCAGACAAGACCUGCACGUGAAGCAGGAGGCCCCUCAGGACUCAGCCAGGCCAGAAAUGGUCAAGCCUUAAAUAUGCCACCAGCUAUGGCAGAGGACUCAAACACCCCCGUUAACUAAACCUGUCACAAUAACAACCCAGAUCCAGUACAAACAAAGAUCAUGAUUAUUUUCAUAGUCAGAUGCAAAUGUUCUUACAGCGAGGCCCGCAGAUUAAAGAAUGAUCAGUUAUGUCUGAAAUGUGAGCUGAAAGGGUUGCCACUUUUCUAAACAGCCUGUGCAAUAACACUUCGUUUUAUGCCAGAUUUUCAUUUGUGUUGAUCUUUAAGAAAAUUAUAUAGCUAUGAUUUUUAAAGGGGCAGUUUUUUUUUAAAAAAAAUGUCAUUUCCUGUGGAAAUUGUUUUUUAAAAUUGAGAAACAGGAGGGAGGUUUAGCUUCUAGCAUUUCAGGAAUACCAUGAUUUUUCCCAAAGCUCUUGCUUUACGUACAAAUUUCAAAGCAAAUGUGUAAUUUGACGGCCAGAUGUAUAACUUAUUUUACUAUGUUGGUAGAACUUUUAUUAAUAAAGAAUAUAAAAGCUGUGUGUGGUACGUUAA